GUCGUAAUGGAGUCUACAAGCAAUCUCACUGGGGGCGAGCAAAGAGGCAUUGACACUCCAUCCAAACGUGGCACUAACUGACAGAAACGUUUACCAGGUGUAUUGUCUUUUACGUGAUAUAUCACGUAAUAAUCUAAUAAUACUAGAACACAAAAAGUUUUAUUUUUAGCGAAUCAUUUUGUCAAAAGCUCGUGAGGGAGACUGGCUAUUCACUAAGCAAGCCCCGGUCACAUGACCCGUAUGUGUCGAGGCUUUAUGAGACUUUAUUCAGUUAUGGAGUCUGACGGAUGGGCUAUACUGACACCGCCCUAGCCACCACGCUUAUUCGAUAAUGCCUGAGAAGAAACACACAAGGAAAUUCAGCUCUUUCCAACCGGGCUCUAUUCCUGUGCCUGACCUCCGCUAUGAACACGGCGUCACCAACUCCAUCAGCGACUAUGCCAAGUCCGUGCAACUUAAGAACCACACGCAGGCCUUGGGGUUGAAAGAAGCCGGGGAAGCCGAGGAUGUCGAGGAUUUGCCUCCACCGCCAAUCACCCCUACCAUAGUGUUGUGGGUGAUAUGGAAGAACCAGAUCAUGAUGCCAUUGUUGCAGAGCUUCUUGUGGACCGGGUUCCUUCUCUCCUUGGGACCCGUUAGAAACUUGAUCAUAGGCAAUGGCGUUCGGUGUGGCCUCUGGUUGCGCUCGAUCUUAGCCCCCGCCUUUAACUAAAUUAAGAUGCUAAUGAAGAAACGAAACAGACGAAGCCUUAUCCAGGUGAGAUCCGGUAUUAGAAACUAAACCACGCCAGAAAAUGCUCAGGCUACCUGAAAAUCCGAUCUACAAUAUGAUCCAGGAAUGAUAAGAAAUGAACAACGGGUUUGUAGGUAAAUUUCAAGCGUAAGUUAACUUUCGUAUAGUAGGCAAGAGAAGUAUAAAUCACGCGGGAAAUGGAUUUGAAUUUUAGCAUUUAAUGCCGGUAUAUAUAAAGUCUGGCAAAUCAGGUGCCAGAUGGUGAACAGAUUAAAC